AAAGUAACGGAUAGCGACAGAAGAGACAGGAAAGGAAAUAAGGAAAAAAAGGAAUAUAAAAAAACCCUUGGCAGCCUGAGUUGGGUCGGCAAUGUUCACUGUGAGUAAAUUGUCUUCAGCUCACUGUACACGGUGUUCGUGCCUCGGAGAAGGAAUAAAGUUCGGUGAAGCAGUUUUCCUACGCCUCCUUCGAUCUUUUCACUAGCGGAGUAGACCUGUACAGUAAGCUAGUUGCCGGCUACGAGCCAGUCACGAAACCUUCAAGUAACUGCCAGAGGUUUCCUUACUACGGUUCGGAGCCGCGAAUCUGGCGCGGUAACAACAGCAUGCCUGUUUUAUAGCUGGAAAAGAAUCACAAGAAACCAUAAUAAAUUAAAAUUAAACAGUUUUUUAAUUAUUAAUAAAUAUUAUUAUUAUAAAUAUAAUUAUUUGUCUCGUUCUUUGUCAAAAUUACACUGAACUACUGGAAAAACCUAAAAGAGCCGCAUGCGGUUCAGGACGCGGGACAAUAGCUAGUUAAAACUACAAGGAGGCAGUAUUGCAAAAGUCCUUUCAGUGGUGAAAGGACAAUAACUCCCGAGAAACACCGAAGAAGAAUCGGUUGCCUGACAGCGAAACAGCCAAUCACAGCCGAGGAAAGACAGCCGUCUAGCACUGGGGCACCCACUGCACAUCUCUCUGAAAGAAAAUGGCUGACAUGGUGUGUGGUUAUGACAUCUUUCGGCUCGAGUUACAUUUUUAAGAUGAACCGUGUUUGCACGUGUACUGUUGCAUUUAGCGGGUAAAAAAAAAAUGUUUAAAAAGGCGAAAAGAGCAAACUUUAGACGUCGGAAUGAGUCCGACGAGGAUGAGCAGGAGGAGAGUCAGCAGCCGCAGCUGGCGCCGACAAUGUUUGGGCCUACCGAAAUCCCCUUUAUGGAGACUUCCAACAGCAACGCUACCGGAGCGCCCAGCACUACAGAGAGCUGUCAUAGUAACGGCCUUCAGGGUAACACCGUGAGAGCUGUCAAGAAGGAAAAGAAGGUCAAAGAUACGACUGCCGUGCCAGGACCCACGAAGGCCAGUUUGCUGAGCUUCGUCGAUGAAGAAGACAGCUCAGAGGUGUUCCGAGUGAAGAAAUCCAAUCACAGCAAAAAGAUUGUGAAACAACUCAAGAAAGAAUACAAGGAGGACUUGGAGAGGUCUGGAUCUACCAAACAGGAUGUCAAAUCAGAUGCUCCAACUCAGCUUGCAGUUAAAGAGGAAGUUAUUAGCAGAGCAAGUAGUGAACAGGGAGAGGAAGAAAUGGAGGUGGAGAGUGCUGAUGAACAGGAGGAGGAUGCAAGGAGUCAAAGUGGUCAGACAAACAGUCAAGUGUCCAGAAGCAACAGCACAGGAGCAACAUUCAACACACUUUCUACACUUGGCAGCUUGAGACCAGGGGAGAUUCCUGAUGCGGCAUUUAUCCAUGCUGCCAGAAAACGCCGGCAGCUUGCUAGAGAGCUGGGAGGUGAUGCUCCUCUGGUUGAAACAGAGGCGCCCAAGAAACGUCUGGUACGAGAAGACCAAGAUGCCAGCGAUGACGAAGAUGAGGAAGAGAAAAGGAUCCGCUUCAGCGGCGUCAGGAACAAAAGCCAGAGACAAAAGAUAGCCGAGGAGAUUGGUAUUGAGGGUAGUGAUGAUGAAGCACUGGAUACCGGACAGGAUGAGGAGGUGAGCCGCUGGGAGCAGGAGCAAAUUAGGAAAGGAAUCAGCAUACCCCAGGUCCAAAGCAGUCAGCCAGAAGACAGCACAGUCUACUACCAGAACAGCUAUGAGAGCCAGCCGUAUGGCUCUUCCUACAGCAUGCCUUACACCUACAGUACAGUGGCUCCACAGACUGCCAAGCCAAGUGGACAAGCUGACAAUGGUUCUGUUCACUACGGGGCCCCUCUUAAUGAUCUAAUCCCGGUAUCCAUUGAUCUGGUAAAGAAACGCCUGCAGGAUAGGGUCAGCCAAAUGCGUGCAGGCCACAAUGCAAAUGUCGACCGCUACAAACAGAUCAAUGAAGACUUAGCUGCUUCUGAGCGUACCAUACAGCAGCUGGAGGGCUCAUCCAAUGACAAUGCAGAGCAAUAUAAGUUCUUGCAAGAGAUGCGAGGGUAUGUUGGAGACUUGCUUGAGUGUUUCAGUGAAAAGGUGCCUGCUGUCCUGGAGCUGGAGGCUGCCAUGCACCAGUUACUAAGGCAACGGGCCACACGACUUGUCCAGAGACGACAGGAUGAUAUUAAAGAUGAAUCGUCGGAGUUUGCAAGCCUUUCAAAUAAAGCUGUCAUGGCUCCUAAUCUAGACUCAUUUGGCCGAGAUCGCGCAGCAUACCAAGAGCACAGUCGUCAGAGGAGGAUUGCUGAAAGAGAAGCACGAAGAACACGCCGACGACAAGCCAGAGAGCAGAAUGGAAAGAGGGCAGAACACAAAGAAGGCUUAUCAUCUGAUGACGAGGAGACUUCUACUGACAUCACCAGCUUCAACAUGGAGAGAGAUCGUAUCAUAAGGGAAAGUAAGAAGGUAUUUGAGGAUGUUGUGGAGGACUUUCAUUCUCUUGACUACAUCAAAUCCCACUUUGAAGUGUGGAGGAAGGAGUUUGCCAACACCUACAGAGAUGCUUACAUAGGCCUCUGUCUGCCCAAGCUCUUUAACCCCUUAGUCCGUCUGCAGCUGAUUACAUGGAACCCUCUCGAGGCGCAGUGUGCAAACUUUGAGUACAUGCUCUGGUUUGAGUCGCUGCUGUUUUACGGCUUUGAAGAGAACAGCACGUUGCAAAAAGGAGAUGGCGACAUCGGCUUGCUGCCUGCUAUAGUGGAGAAGGUCAUCCUCUCCAAACUGUCAGUGUUGGCAGAGCAGGUGUGGGACCCACUUUCCAGCAGUCAAACAACCAGGUUUGUGAGCUUCAUUCACAGACUGCUAAAAGGCUAUCCCACUGUGCUGCACGGGGACAACCGAUACACACAGGAGCUAUUGAAAACAAUUGUCUUACGGACCAGGAGGACUCUGGAUGACGAUGUCUUUCUUCCACUGUACCCCAAGAACAUUCUGGAGAACAAGAACAGUGGUCCCUACUUAUUCUAUCAGAGGCAGUUCUGGUCCUGUGUGAAGCUGCUGGGCAACAUCCUGCAGUGGGAUGGUAUCUUAUCCAUGUCCUCUCUGAAAGACUUGGCCCUGGACAGCACUCUCAACCGAUAUAUCCUCUCUGCACUGCAGACCACGGAUACAUGGGAGGAAAAUAUUCAGAAGUGCCAAAAGGUGGUGGAGUGCUUGCCAUCGCACUGGUUUUCUGGAUUGAAGGGCCAGCAGACGUUGCCUCAGUUGGAGCCAUUCUGUCGCUACCUCACCCACCUGGCCAACUCAAUCCACCGCAACACACUGGUCGGGUCUGAUAUUGAGCGGCGCACUUCAAAGGAGCAGGUCAAGGACGUUGUGAAGAUGUUGGGCCAAAUGAAUGCCCUGGACCACAUCAUAGCUGUGGCAGCAGAGCAUGGGAUUAAAGACAUCAAACCACUUUUAGAAGUCAAAUCAUAGAGAAGAAGCAACUUUCCAUCCGGAUUACAGAUCACGAAAUGGGAUUCCCAGAGAAAAGAUGUGUCACCCAGCUUAAUAACUCAACAACUGAGACCAUGACUGAAAAAAAGAUCUUGUAAAUAUUGUAAAUAUUGUAUAGAAAGGUGUGUUUAUACUGAUGCUGAAAUAAGGCCUUGUAUUGUCAGCUCAAAGAGACUGCUCACUGCUGGCAAUAUUUUAAAUGCAUAGAAGUUCUUGACAUGGAUUAUUUUUUGAGACUGAUCCCUGAAUGAACACUAUUCACUCCGACUCUGUACAGCAGACUCGUCUUUGCCAUACGAGCUAAAAGGUCAGAUGCACGCAGGCAAAGCAUGGUGUCCAACUUUUGUUUCCUUACAGUCCAGAUGUGAUCUUUCUUUGAUCCCUGCUUCAUCCUGUUAGUAUUUCUCACACCUCUCUGUUCAAAUGCUCUUUAAGAAUCUGAGAGCUUUGUUUUCAGAUUUGCAAGAAUUCUGUUUUAGUAGUUUAUUUGCCUGUGAAUAAAAUGAACAUUUGAAUGUU